AAAUGCGUCAUUGAAAGAUUGACAUUGUACAGAAAUUAUUUUUAUCGAUUGCUCAAUGAAAUAUUAGCAAAUAUUGUAGGAUAUCUAGCUUUAAAAUAGAAAAAACGUCUUCAGAAUGGGUUUCAAUUUCAAAGCUGUAUAAGAUACAAAUAUUGUCGGGAAUUGGGUUGUAAUUGCUAUUGAUCGCUGCCAUGGGGCAAGGAACAUCAGCAUUGUCUGCUGGAAGAAAUGACAAAAACAAUGAUUCUACUCUGGAAUUUGAGCCAGGUCAUAAAAUAUUUGCACAAAUUGAAAGAAACAAACGUUUUAAAGCAAACACGGACACCCAGAUGGAUUUCCAAUCAUCAGAUGAAUCCAAAGACAAUGACAUGCCCACAAGUAGUUCAGGAACUAGUAUUCUCCCUCAGUCUGUUCCAACUGUGUUCAAAUGGGAGAAUGGUGGAAAUGUUGUAUACCUUUCUGGUAGCUUCAAUGGCUGGAAUUCUAGGAUUCCAAUGCACGGAAGUCAUGGUGAAUUUGUAACAAUUAUUGAACUAACUGAAGGAGAUCAUGAAUAUAAAUUUUUUGUUGAUGGCCAUUGGGUGCAUGACCCUAAUGCACCAACGACCAAUGAUAAUUUCGGUGGUCGUAACAAUGUAAUCACCGUGAAGAAAUCGGAUUUUGAGGUGAUGGAAGCAUUGGAUGACGAUGACCGUCAGUCAGGAUCAGGCAUCGUGGCCUCUUCACCACCUGGGUCAUAUGCACAGUUAAUUCCCUCACAUCAUAACCCUGUGGUGAUACAAGAUGGCAUGCAUGCUAGUAUACCUCCAUCAUUACCACCACAUCUUCUUAAUGUCAUACUUAAUAAAGAUGCUAUUGAUGUUAAUGAGCCCUCCUUACUUCAGGAACCCCACCAUGUUUCAUUAAACCAUCUUUAUGCCCUUUCUAUUAAGGAAGGUGUCGCUGUCCUCAGUUCAACCCAAAGAUACAGAGAAAAAUAUGUGACAACAUUAUUGUACAGACCAAUAAAAUAACAAUGUAGAACAUGGUGACACUUGUCAUUGUUGUUGUAAAUAAUCUUUUAUGAGGAAAGCUUGAAAAACUUUGCAUUUUUGAUAUAGAACAACAGUAAAAUAUUUACUGUACCAUUGUUCAUCAUCAUAGUUCAGUAUUAUAUAUAGUUCAGGAGUACGUCAUUACGAGCGCUAAAAUAUAAAUUUAUCU